AGUAAAUUUUAAAAUAUUCUGUUAUGAAAAAAAUAGACGGGAAUGGUGAAAAAUAGUUAAAGGAUGUUGAAGGGAAUUCAGCAUCAAUGAGUAAAGAUACUUUUUAUUGUGAUAGAUUAUCCUAUACCACUCGAGUUUGAUAGCAAAAAAAACCAUCCUAAUUAUCUAAAAGGCAAAAGUAAAGAAAAUCAAAUUACAUCAAGUAGUUAUAUAUGAUCAUUAGUAGUCCAAUAAGAUUAAAAAAAUCGCAAGCCAGUUUAGGUUAGUAUUGAUCGCCCUUUAGAAGGCAAAAGAUUCUUGAACAAAGAAAAGAACUAAUAAAAAAUAUUUUUAUAAGUAAGAAAUGAUAAUGGAAGUGAAAACAGCAGUUGUGAAUUAGGAAAUUCAAAUUCAGAUUGCGAAUGUGCAAAAAAUAUGAUCCCUAAAAAAAAUAUCGAAAUAAAAAUGUAUUUAGUUUUAAUUUAUAUAGAAAUCGAAAAAGAAAAAAGAAGACUGAUACAACUCCAUUUUAUGAUUAAAUCAUCUACCAUGAUCCAAGAAUGAGGAGGAUAAACUUCGUUUACAGUUCAUCUGGAUCGUCAGAUUCUGAAUAUGAAAGGGUUUUUAUAAAGAAAGAAGAAAUACCUGAAAAAAAAUAUAAAGAUAAGCCAUCAAAAAAAGAUCCAUCAGAAAAAGAAAUCCCAUUACCAGAGCACAUUCUUGAAUGUCCAAUUCAGCCCCUUCCUAUUCCAAAAGUUGAAAAAUUACCAGAAGUGAAAAAACCAAAAUAGGAAAAACCUAUUAAAUAACCAAAGAUAUAGAAAUACCGCCCAAAACCUCCAGAAGAAGAAUGGGCAAAAUAUGAAACCCCAAACGUUGUACAUCCAUAUUAAUUAAAAAAACCUUAAAAGCCAGUUGAAAAACAAAAAGACUCUAAACCAAUUUAUGGGAAACCAAGAGAAAGAGUUGAAUUUAAAGCUCCAAAAGUUAAUUUAUUAUUUAUUCUUAGGCGUAAGAAUAAGCAAAUGAUUUUAUUCCGAAAGCUCUUCCAACUCAAAAUGCAGCACCAUUAAAAGAAAAACAAAAAAAGUAAUAAAAAAAAUAGAAUCAAUCAUCAUCCGGCUCAAGUUAUUGUUAUGAGUGUGAGUGCUUAAGCGAUGCAUGUGAUUGUUGA